GAGGAGGAGGAGGAGGAGGAGGAGGGGGGAGGGUUGGACCGCCGGAGCCUCGAUCACCGCUGGGCCCGUGUGCACCAUGCAAAGGCUGCUCGCCACGAUCUCAACCAGGAGCUGACUUUAUAAUCUCCCAUCGCUGCUGUGGCGCAAAAUGGAUGCUGCUUGGAGCAAUUUCCUCUUCCAGAAUACUCCCACCCAAAACCAAGUGGAGGGGGGCCUCCAAUCAGAGCUCAUGCCCGUGCACACGAGCUCUCCCCAGACCCCACCCACAGACCACAUAGCACAGCCUCCUUCCACUGUGGACACUGCUGCCCUGAAUGAGGAGCCCCUGCCUGUGAAGCCAGUGUCUCGGCCGGCCCGCGUGCCCCACAUCUGUGCCAUCUGCAACAAGCAGUUCAAGAACAACUACAACCUGCGGCGGCACCAGUCGGUCCACACUGGGGUACGCAUGAAGGACAGGGCCAGAGAGCAGGCGGAGGGGGCAAAGGAGGGAGCAGCCGGCCAGGUGGCGGUGGCUGCCCCGUCGGCGAUGGCGGUGGGGGCCGGAGGGAGGGCGGAGAGGCCCACUGUUCCCCUCUCCCUGCUGCACCUCUCCGCGCCUCCCCCUCUCGCCCCUCCCGGCCUGCUGGCGGGGGCCCAGCAGCCUCCCCUGUGUAGUCAGGAUGGUGAAGGGGUUGCCAUGGCUAACGUAAUGGCUAGUGUUAACCCCCAUGCUCCGCCUCCUGCUGCUGUCGUCAUGGCCACAGGGGCGACAGUACAGCGGCCCUCGAAUCCCAACCCGAACCCGGUGAGGAAGAACCACGCCUGCGAGACAUGCGGGAAGGCCUUCCGCGACGUCUACCACCUCAACCGCCACCGGCUGUCCCACUCGGACGAGAAGCCGUUCUCCUGCCCCAUCUGCCAGCAGCGCUUCAAGAGGAAGGACCGCAUGAGCCACCAUGUGCGCUCCCACCAGGGUGGUGUGGAAAAACCCUAUGUGUGCCCCCACUGUGGCAAGGCUUUCUCCAGGCCCGACCAUCUGAACAGCCACGUCAGGCAGGUGCACUCCUCGGAGCGACCCUUUAAGUGUCCGACCUGUGAGUCCAGCUUCGCCACAAAGGAUCGUUUGCGUGCGCAUAUGAUUCGCCACGAGGAGAAGGUCCCGUGUCACAUCUGCGGCAAGCUGCUGUCGGCCGCUUACAUCACCGAUCACAUGAGGGUGCACAACCAGUCACAGCACCACGCCUGCCAUCUCUGUAAUCGCAGUUUCACCACACUAACGUACCUACGUGUCCACGCCCAGAAGCACCACGGCCAGGAGUGGAAAGACAGUCCGGGGGGCUUUGGCGGCUCGGCCUCGGGUGGCGUGCUCGUCUGCCACUUGUGCGGCGUCCACUGCAAGACACCCACCCAGCUCCAGGGGCACAUGGGCACCCACGGCAACAGCCAGGCCGCCCCGAGCCCCAUCACCUCUAAUGUGGCUUCCAGCAGCUCCGUCUCCCUCAGCAACAUGGUGACAGCGCCCACCGUGUACGUCACGGGGAACACGGUGGUGGACCUGCUCGUCACAGACUGCUCUAGCAUCGCGGCGCCGCAGCAACACAGUUAGCAGUAGAGAGCUCAGCAAUAAUAACCUCAGUCCUUUCACACGGGGGGGCAAGGUUAGAGAAGGUCAAAGUUACGCGUAGAUGCUGAUCCGGUAAGGUUGAGGAUUGAGGAUUGAGGAUGAGGGAGCGUUCAAGAGCAGUAUCACCUCAAAGCAUCAGAGGAAAAAAAAUGAAGUGAUGGAAAAGGGGACCUUGGCGGCUGCGGCAGGUUCAUCGACACUAAUGACAAACAUGGAUGUGUGUCCGAAUAAUCCCAAAUGCUCUUGUGCAUUUAAGACUCCAGUGAAACUGUGGUAUUGUGAGCAUCUACUGUAUUACUCUCCCCUCUCUGCCCUCUCCCUCUGUCCCUCCCCUCCACCCCGUGGCAUUGGCCGCCCUCUGCAAGUGCACCAAGUACUGUAUAUCUCACACACCAGCUCUGAUCUUACCUCCAUUUUGCAGCUCACUUAACUAAGAAUCCAAACGGCUUUUGGGUUAAGAAGUAGUGGGGAGAGAGAGUGGCUCUCAAGAAGAAAGAAACGCGUUAGAAGGGAACGUUGUGUGUUUAGGUUGCGCGCGAGUCGGGGUUCCUCGAGCAUGUUAGCUCGUUUGCUCACAACACUAAAAAAAAAAAAUGUUAAAAAAAUCAACGUUUGAUUUUUUUGCGAUGCCAGUUUAUCGAGACUCCAGAGGGCUGUUGUUUUUCUAGAUCAGGACAGAAAGCCGCACACGUUGCGGUCAGUACGGAAUCGUGGGAUGUACUGGUACAUUUGUUUCUUAAUGGUACAGAGAUGAGAAUGAAGAGUUGCGUUCAGGAGUGUCAAGCACCUUAAAAAUGUUACUGUUUGAUUCAGCAAGGAUCAAAAAAUGGGUUUGAGAUUUCUUGGAUUUUCUUUCUCUGAGUCUUCCUCUCUGGGUCCGGGCCAUUAAAGAGAAUAAACGUAGUAAUAAUAAUAAUGAUAAUAAUAAAAAAUAAAAAUAAACUGCUAAUCAACACUUCAGCUUCUGACAUGGCUGCAGUUCUUGCACCGGAAAAAAAAACAACUACCUUUUGCAUGAAAAUAAGCUCGCUCAGUCAUGCUUCAUCGUUAGGGAGGAGCAGUCGCGACAAAAGAAACGUUUUAGCAGUUCCACCGAGUUAGCUGGCUGUUAACGAUAAUAUUUAUUAAAAAAAAAAAAGCGUUGAUUUUAUCCAGAAGAUUUUAACAUUGUCGGCCAUUCAUUUGAUUGUAACUGUCAUUGCCAUAGCCCUUUUUUUGUUUUGUUUUGUUUUCUCUAUGUACCAGUCCAAUGAGUGAAACUUAUGCAUUAGAUUUUAGUCCUUUUAACUCUGUAUAGCACACAAAUGUUCUGAAACCCCCGAGUCGUUAUCGUUCUGCAUUAAUCACGUGAAGAAUGGUCGCCCCGUGUGUUGGGUAAUUUUUUCGGUUGCUUUGAGUUCUAUUGUGAGUGACGUGGUGUCGAGAAAGGGCUUAUAAAGUCAGUCAGUCAGGUGAAAUAAGUACAAUGGGGGUGAAAACACCACAUGGUAUGCUGUAAACAAAAUCCUGGUUUUGUACUGGAGUGCUUUUUCAGUUUUGUGUUCAUGUUACCUUGAAAUUUGUAGAGUUGUUUCUUUCUUCCAAUUCUUUUCUUUUUCUUUUUCCGUUUGGAAAAAAAUGUGUUCUUCCUGUUGAGAAAAAGUAGUGAUUUACUAAGUUUGUUUUUUUAGGGUUUUUUUUUUCCUCCAUUACACUAAGAGAAAAAAUAAUACCUCUACUCUAGGAUUCUGUACAGCUCUUGUGAUACAUCUUAAUGCCUUAUCGUACUCAACUGCAUUUUAAUUCUUUUAUGAUGAAAUAUUUCAAAUCUUAGUCAUGGAUUCAUUAAGAAUAUUAAUGGGAUGUAUUUAUAUUUAUAUUUUUAUAUUUCUCAACAGUAUGCAUGCCUAAAAGAAAGGUUGUUAGAGCAAAAAAAAAAAAUCAACGAUGCUUACUACAGUCAUAAAUAUUGUUAUUUUGUAGAUGAGGUAGAGAUCAUGUUAUUAUUUUGUAAUUUGGACAAUUUAAAGUAAAAAGAGUGAACAGGCGUUGUUUUGUGUGCUGA